CAGAUCACAAAUGUUGCCACAGACUGAUUCAAUGCUGCUUUGAAUAGUUUCUCGCUGUGUCACAAUUUUGAGUCUACUUCGACUGACCAGGGGAGUAUCAAAACUAAAUGACAUUAAUGAAUAUCACAACCGAAUCAGUUUGAAAUAGCUUUGGAAUGAGAUUAUUUCGUUUGGUGCAUAUGGCUUAUAUUUAUAUGUGGGAUUAUUCAGGCCCUAUAUUUAUUCCGCUCUUGAUUAUGGCAGUAAUGAUCAUGCUGUUCAAAUGGUAUGACAGAAAGUACUUAUCGAAAUAUAAUGAAGUGAACGAAGAGGUUGUUCAGUUCAUUAACGUUGAGCAAUUCAAAAAGCAACGUGAUUGUGAAUACCGAGAGGAUGAUCUCGCUUCGAAAGGAAACGAAACUGACUCGAUUGAAUCUAAAUCCGUUGAAACCUUGCCUGAAAAUGAUUUGAUCGACAGCAAUAGCGCAGUUGAAAAGAAAGUAGUCCCUAAUGGAAACGCGCCAUUUUGUCCUGAAGGAUUAACUACAUAUUAUAGCAGUACUGUAUCAAUUGGAGUGAAUUAUGAAAAGCGCGCAUUAGGCAGUGGUAUAGAAAAAGAAGCUAUAGUUUGUGAAAUUCAGUCAAACAGCAACUGUUGCAAGGAAAGCUUAACGCAGCCUGAAACACUUUUGGAGAAAGAUUCCAAUUUGACAACUAAUUUGGAUUUUGAAGAUAUUCAUAUCAAACAUAGUCCGGAAAUAUCAAAUCUGAUGUUACCAAAUCAAAAAAGUCAGUAUGGACUUCUGAAUAAUAACUCUGAAUUUACCAUGGAUCUUGCCAAACACGCAGAAAAAGCUAACGGAAUUUGUAUAGAAGAAAAUGAGAUAUGCGAAGAGCAGGGAAAAGCUAAACUUGGCCAAGAAAAUGAGAACAGUGACGCAGAAGAAAUAGAGAAGGACGAAGACAGCGAUGCUUCUUCUUCCGAUACCUGCAGUGACGAUGAAAUCAUUUCAUACGACCUAGAAGCUGAGAACGAGGAAAGUGGAGAUACAAAACCAGCUUCGUAUACUAUCAAUCUAUCUUCAAAUAUCAUCGACUCCAAUGCAUCCGAUAGCUCGGCUAAUGUCACUCCUAGGAGAUCGCUGACAACUGAAACAGCUCUGAAGUCGUGUUUACGCGAGAGCUCAACAUCUUUCCAUGCCGACGGCGAUGCAACUGAGUUGACACCGUCCCGAGUAAAAUUCGGCGAAAUCAAGGUAAACGAGGUCGACGGACUAGGGGCGUGUUCUGGAGACAAUUUGCCAUCUCUGUUCUCGCCAAGAAUUACUUCAUUUGAUGAUUCAAGCUCAGAUGGGGAUGAAUAUUGUUGACUGACGCAAGAAGAGAUCAUUUAAACCUUUGUAUUAUCUGUCAAAAAGAAGGCAUUAGUAGAUUAUCAGAAUAUAUGCUUUCCAACUUCAUUUAUCAGCUUUAGUAAUAAGGUCUCAACGUGGCUAAUUUAUAUUAAAUUAACUUAAAGUAUGAUUAGUUUUCGUAGUUGUAGUGAUUAAAUUUUAUACUCGAUAUUUUGUCAUUUGAUUUAGCGCUAUUGAAUAGUUUUUGUUCCGACCAAUUAAGUAGGUAAAAAAUAACCCUAGUUGUUUAAACUUUAUUUGCAAAAACUUGUACCAGAAGAACUCUACGCAACAACUCGUAACAUAACAGAUUCACGCGCACUAUCCUCGCGAAUGUUAGCGCAGCUCAGCGAAGACGAACAAGCGUUUGAUACUUGCCAAAUACCUCAUCACGAAUCGUUGCUUAUUACCAGUUGUCGACUUGCCGAAUUUUUGCCAAGCUUGAAUGAAAAAAUUUUUGGUUUGACAAAUUUUAUCCAAUUGGUAUCAAUUUUUUACUCUACUGUGACUCA